AUGUCCUCAGCCACCUCCGGCGCCUCUCUGCCCAGCGGCCUGGCCGUCCUGACCACCUUCCCCGAUGUGCUCUUCAUCCCCGAAAUCAUCUUCGGGGGCCUUGUCUGGAUCCUGGUGGCUUCCACAAAGGUUGCGUUUCAGAUGCCGCAAGGCUGGGUGAUGUUUGUCUCUGUGUUCUGUUUUGUCAUCUCCACCACCCUCCUGUGCCUCUACUUCUGCGGGGCGCAUGGUGGCAGCUGCUCCUGGGUCACCUUGGACGUCAUCUACCAGGGGACAGCUGCUCUCUUCUACCUCAGUGCUGCUGUGCUGCAAGCCUAUGUCACCUACCUUAGUUCAAUUUCCAGCUUGCAGUACAUCACCUACCAGGAGAACAUCGCUGCGGUGGUAUUUGCAUUCUUAGCUACCCUGAUGUAUGUGAUCCACAAGGUAUACUCACUUCUGCGAUGGAAGUCAUCCUGA